AGCUUCCCUUCUUGCGUUGCCAACGUGUUCAAACCGCGGUUUCGCACGCCCGCCUCCGGUUCUCGCAGAGUACUACGACGUGCUGCUCUUCCCGGUUCAGAACCAGCUGGUGGCAGUCGUCGUGGGAUGCGCUCUCGGCGCGGCCACCAUGAGCGUGCUGAAGAUGAUGACCUACGGCGACGACUCGGUCGUCGUGGUGGUGAUGGGCGGCACCUACCUCACUUUCUUCCUGCUCGAGUCGGUCAACAGCUCAGGCGUAACCGGCGUCAUCGCGUACACCAUGGUGGUCUCGUCGGAUCGACUCAUCUCCUGUUCGGAGCUUGAAGGCACGCUCGGGUCGUGCUGGUCGGUGAUGUUGGACUGGACCGGAACGCUGUCCACCUUCAUCUGCGCCACGUUCACGGCCUACAUGCUUGUCUACUACCUACGCACGUACAACUGGCAGGACAUAAUCCUUUGCUACAUCGCCAAGAUGAGCAUGCGUCAUGCGAAUGUUGGCUGCGGCAGAAGGCAAUGA